AUGAUGUUUCCAAAGGAAAAAAUUGUUACAGCCGCCUGCUCACAGCCUUCUGCCAGACUAAGAUACGUCCCCUAUGCAAAGAGCCAUGUUCCAAGGUAUCAUCAGUGGAUGUCGGAUCCAGAAAAUCUUGAGGAUAUUUACGAUAACACGAUGGUUGGGGAUCUUAAUGCAACGCUAUGCCCGGUCGAGGAAUUCCAGCAUCCCUCACUGUCGGCAGAUCUGGUGAUCGAGCUUCAGGUGAUGAUUGGCGACUCUCAAAACAGGAGAAAGGGAUUUGCAAAAGAGUCAUUGGAGCAUUUGAUUUCCCAUGUCGGUAUGCAUUGUUUUAACGCUUUAGAAGCCGUACUGAAUGGACAGGAAAUCUCGUGCAUUGCAAUUGCAAAGAUCCUAGAAUCGAACGACGCCAGCAUUGGGCUGUUCAAAUCGCUGAAUUUCAAAUUUCUCCGAAAAAUUGAAGUCUUUCAAGAGUGCUGCUAUCCAUGUUGCUUCAAAUAUGGGCAUUGUGGAAAUACGGAAGAGCACUGCACCAUCAAAAGUGGAUGUAUAUUUGGAUGUUGGGACUCCACACUGACCACCGUUUCUCUGAAUACGCCUGCAAAAAAAGAAAUCACCACUGACUUUGCAUCUCCCCAAGCAAAAGCAUUUUCUGCUGACGACAAAAGGUCACUUGAUGUAAAACCGAAACCCAAAAAUAAUGACAAGAAAGGGUCCGUCUCAUCCAAGAAGAUCUUUUAUGGAUGCUCAAUUCCACAAGCUAUUUCGCUCACCUUUGACGAUGGUCCCUCUUCCUUCACAGAUGGCAUUCUCGACAUUCUUCGGGAUUAUGGAGUCAAGGGAACCUUUUUUGUCAUCGGAUCAAAUAUUAACACUUCUUCUUCUCGAGCAACUAUCAAGAGAAUUGUCGCCGAGGGCCAUGUAUUGGGCUCGCACACGUGGAGCCAUCCGGAUCUUACUACCAUCCCAGACGAAGAAAUCAUCGACGAGAUGAAAAAGACUUCAGACAUGAUCUUUGCCUCUGCGGGUACCAUAUGCUUUCCAACUCGUAGGUGUCCGCCCAAAGUUUAUGAGACCCCCAUAUGGCUCAAUCAACGAGCGUGUGCAAAACAUUCUGCAGAAGCAGUUGAAUUACACCAUCAUCUUGUGGAACUUGGAUUCAAAUGA